CUUUUUUUUCAAUUCCCGGUGGCCGCUAAAGUGCUAUUGAAUAGCAUUUGAAAUAUGGCAGACGUAGUUGAUUGUAAUUUUCCUGUUUGGGGCCUUCUGCCAAAAAAAGAAACGGGCGUUACUCAGUUUAUUACUAAAUAUCCUCAAUACGAUGGCCGAGGUGUUAUUAUCGCUAUUUUCGACUCUGGAGUUGAUCCUGGAGCACCUGGUUUACAGAUAACGUCCGAUGGAAAACCAAAAGUAAUCGAGAGAUUUGACUGUAGUGGAGCUGGAGAUGUUGACACAAGCACAAUCGUACAAGCAACAGACGGAUCCAUUGCAGGUCUUACUGGCCGAGAAUUAAAAAUUCCAUCUUCCUGGAGAAAUCCAACUGGGAAUUAUUAUAUUGGAGUAAAAAAUGCAUAUUCACUUUAUCCUUCUAAAUUACGGGAAAGAAUUGAAGCCACUCGAAAGAAACGUUUGUGGGAUGACGGGCACAAAACAGCUUUGGCGGAAGCUACAAGACAACUACAAGUAUUUGAUGCAAAACAUCGUCAGUUAUCAACAUGGGAUGAAAAAUUGGAAAAAGAGGAACUUGAAGCUAGAGUUGAAGUAUUAACAAAUGCAGAAAAAAAAUAUGUUGAUGUAGGACCAACUUAUGAUUGUGUAUUAUUUCACGAUGGAGAAAUGUGGAGAGCAUGCAUUGAUACUUCCGAGGAAGGUAAUUUAGAAAAAGGAGUUUAUCUUGGCGAGUAUUCGAUUACACAUGAAUACAAACCACUAACACAGGAAGACCAACUCAAUGUUUCAAUCAACGUUCACGACGAUGGAAACACUUUAGAAAUAGUUAGUGUAUGCUCCGGACAUGGUACACACGUGGCAUCAAUAGCUGCUGCCAAUUUUCCGGAACAUACUGAUUUAAAUGGUGUUGCUCCAGGUGCUCAAAUAAUUUCACUCACCAUUGGAGAUGGAAGAAUUGGUACAAUGGAAACUGGAACUGGUAUUGUUAGAGCAAUGAUAAAAGUAAUGAGUUAUAAAGAAAAAGUACACGUUAUUAAUAUGAGUUAUGGUGAACAUACAAAUUGGUGUAAUUCUGGUAGAAUUGGAGAACUUAUGAAUGAAGUUAUUGAUAAAUAUGGAGUAACAUUUGUUUCAUCUGCUGGAAAUUUAGGACCAGCUCUAUGCACAGUUACCACACCUCCUGAUAUAUGCACAAGCAGUAUUAUUAGUGUCGGCGCUUACGUUUCGCCUGAUAUGAUGCUUGCUGAAUAUUCUCUACGUGAAAAAAUGCCAGGCAUGCCAUUCACGUGGUCAUCCCGGGGACCAACGAUGGACGGUGGUUUCGGAAUCACGGUUUGUGCGCCAGGAGGAGCAAUUACUAGCGUACCAAAUUAUACACUCCGAAAAAGUCAACUUCUUAAUGGCACUAGUAUGGCAAGUCCUCAUGUAACCGGUGCUGUUGCUGUUCUCAUAUCAGGACUUUUAGCUAAGAAUUGUCCAUAUUCUCCAUACAGUAUAAAACGAGCACUGGAAAAUACAGCAUUAUAUGUUGAUAAUCUCGAUCCAUUUGCUCAAGGUUCAGGUUUACUUCAAGUGGAACGUGCAUUUGAAAAUUUAGUAUCUCACGCACAAUCAGCUGAGAGAGAUGUGAGAUUUUCAAUUGGCUGUGGUGUUAAUAAUGCAAAAGGAAUAUUCUUAAGAUCUGGUAUUGUUGAUCGACCAAAAGAUUAUGCCGUUGUUGUUGAACCAAUAUUCAUGGAUAGCGAAAAUAUUGAUCCAACGCGAAAAAUUAAUUUUAACAUUAAAUUAUCAUUAGUUUCGGAUGCAUCGUGGGUACAUUUUCCAUCACAUUUUGAUCUUAUGCAUAUGCCAAGGGCAUUUGCUAUUCGAGUUGAAGGUUCAAAUUUACCAGAAGGUGUUCAUUCAACAAGUAUUCGAGCUUACGAUGUCAGUAACGUUGAUAAAGGACCCGUUUUUCGCAUUCCUGUUACACUUAUUCAACCAACUGUUAUUUCAAAAAGUGCCACACUUCCGGAUUUAAAUUUCACGGAUGUUUUAUUUAAACCUAAUACAAUUGUUAGGCAUUUUAUUAUUGUACCUGACGAUUCAACAUGGGCAGUUCUGAAAUUAAAAGGCACGGAAAAAGAUAAAAAUGGUCGAUUUGUGACUCAUACUGUUCAGUUGAAACCUCGUUUGUCUUGUAAAAAUCUCGAAGUCAAUAAAAUGAUUAAUGUUUCAUCACAGGCGGAAAAUGUUCAAGGAUUCUCUGUAGAGGGUGGAAUUAUUUUGGAAGUAGCUGUGGCAAAAUAUUGGGCUAAUUUGGGUGACAUUCUAAUUAAUUAUUCGAUAGAAUUCCAUGGACUUCGUAUGAUAGGCGGUGGCCUUACAAUGCAACCUGGUGACGGUUAUCAUAGAAUUGAAUUAAGAAGUUCGUUGAGAAAUGAAGAUGUUGUACCAAGUUGUUCUCUAAAAUCAUCUGUACAAGUAUUGAGGCCUACAGAUUCGAAAAUUCUCCCAUUAAAAAAACGAGAUGUUAUACCACCAGCUCGACAAAUUUAUGAAUUACAAUUAACUUACACAUUCCACAUAGCGAAAGCAACUGAAAUUACUCCUAAUGCUGCAUUAUUUAGUGAGUUACUUUAUGAAAAUGAAUACGAAAGUCAAUUGUGGAUGAUUUACGAUUGUAAUAAACAGCUUAUUUGUUGUGGUGAUGCGUAUCCUUGCAAAUAUACGGUACAAAAAAUAGAGAAAGGUGAUUAUACGCUAAAAAUGCACAUUCGACAUGAAAAACGAGAAUUACUUGACAAAUUAACAGAUAUGCCAAUGUUAUUGACACAAAAACUUGGUACACAAGUAAAUCUCGAUGUUUAUGCUAGUCAAUCUCAAGCGCUCGUUGGUGGUAAAAAAAUGGUGUCGGCAUCAAUUCCACCUGGACACACAAUGCCAUUUUACAUUGCUCCUUUAAGCAAUGAAAGCAAGCUUUUCAAAGGUGCAACACUGGGUUCAUAUCUUUUGGGAACAAUAUCAUUUUGCAAGGAUGAAAUUGGAAAGAAAGUUGAUUGUCACACAUUCAAGUAUGUUUUGUGUGAGCCACCGAAAAAAUCAAAUUCCAAUGGAAAAGCAGAGAAAGAUCAAUCCAAAUGGGACGAAUAUAAUGAAGCAUUGAGAGAUCUUAAGUGUAAUUGGCUUUCAAAAUUGGUACCAUCUAAGAGUAAAUUGGCUUAUCCAUAUGAGGAUCCUAGCGGACGUCCCAUUGUUGAACCUGGAGAACAUACACACAAAUUAUAUGUGGAAUUAAAGUCAGAUUUUCCUGAUCAUUUGCCAGUUUAUACUUCUAUGUUGUCAUCAUUGGAUUUAACAGAAGCAAGACGUCACGUACCACACGACGAUUUACCAGACACAUCGCUCAAUUAUGCAAAUCAAAUGCUUGCCGUUGCCGAUAAAGUUAUAUGUUCAGUUGAUCAAAAUAAAAUUUUAGCAUAUUUCGGUUCAAAGACUGAUCAAGGACCCGAUGCUGCAAAAACCAAAACAACAAUGGAAAAACAAAGGAAUUGUUUAAUUGAAGCUUUAGUGAAAAAAGGCUGUGCUUUAUCACGAUUAUAUGUUGGUAGAACAAAAGUUGAGGGCGAAGGACCGAAUAAGGAGUUACUUGAAAAUUUUUGGGAUGUUUGGAAGGAGGUUCAAAAGUUUUCCGAACCAAAUGACAUUAAAGCCAUUUCUCUUAAUUUAUGGCACGCGCAUCUCAACAAGCAAUACGGACGAUAUAUGAAAUUAUUGACACGUUAUUUAGAAGAGAAAGCGGUAAAAGAAAUUGACGAAAGAAGCAUAGCAGUGGCUCAUAAAUUGGGAUGGACCCAUUAUGCAAAUCACGUUAGUGCAAGUUUACCAACACGUUAUCCAAAAUCAUAUAAACCAUUUUGAUUGGCAUUAAUUUAAAAUUCAAAAAACGUCAUUUUUAAUCUUCCAUCUCUAUUUUUUUAAUCAUAUAUACGUUUUUCUACAAAACAAUGGUAUUAAUAUUCAAAUAAGGUCCGAAGCAACAAAAAAAAAAAAAAAAAAAAAAAAAAAAAAAAAAAAAAAAAAAGUAAAAAAUAAGUUUCGAAGAAACUUAGGCAAAAAAAAAAAAUAAAAAAAGAACGGUAGGUAAGAAAAAUUACAAAACUGACAAAUGAAAUGAACAUUUGUGAUUUUUGUAAACGCACUUGAAUUUCGGACGUCGCACACAAAUUGACAUGAAAACAAAAGAAAGUAUAAAAAGCACUAAUUUUUUUUUCUAACAAAAAAAAUAUACACAUUUGCGUGUUUUUAUAAAAUUUCACUAAGAUUUUACAAUUUUAGACUAAUAUUUAUAGUAAUAUUUACGUAAAACCCUCAUUUAGAAAAAAAAAAUAUUCAAAUAAUAAUUAACACAAAAAAAAAAACUACAAAUGUGCAAUUAUAAAAGAAAAUAUUAAUAUUCACUUCAUACAAUGAAAUUGUAAUCACAUUUUUUUUUAUACUUUUAAAAAGACUGCUAAAAUUUAUAUCAACUAGUCAAUUGAUAACAUUGACAAAAAAAAAAAAAAAUUGAAAAGAACAUAUUUGCCGCCUUGAGGGUUUUUUGUAUUGUAAAUGAAAUUUUGUAUGGUUUUCACAAUUAUGAUGAAAAUAAUAAUUUCCUUUAUCUAUUUAACUGUUGAAAGACAUCCAAAUUUUAGAAUAAUUUACAUAUUUGACAUGAACUUUCAAUGGUAAAAUUGAUAAUUACUACGACAAGAAAAGUCUUUUAAAAAAAAAGACUUAAUUAAUAAAAGUGGUUUGUAAAGUUUACACAAUUGUAAGCAAACUAUUUAAUUUUUUUAUUAUCGAUUUCAUUGUUGAAAGGUAUUAAAAGUUGAGAAUUUUUCUUCUUCUUUUCGAUCAACUUUCAAUGCUGAAAUCGAUAAUGGCGAUGAUGAUGAUGAUAAAAUGAUGAUGAUGAAAAUAAAAAAAAGUCUUAAAAAAAGACUCAAAUUAAUAAAAAAAAAAAAAAAAAAAAAAAAAAAAAAAUAAUAAUAAUGUAAGUUUGCACAAUAUUGUGAACAAAUUUUUAAUUUCUAUUUUCGAUUUUAUUGUUGAAAUUCUUUUUCUUUUCUAUUAACUUUCAAUGAUAAAAUCGAUAAUGAUGAUGAAAAUAAAAAAAAGGUCUAAAAGGACUUUAAAAAAAACAAUAUAAAUUUGCACAAUAUUGUGAACAAACCUUUAAUUUAAAUUCUAUUAUCGAUUUUAUUGUUGAAAAACAAAAAAAAAAAUGUUGCUUUUCUUUUCAAUGGUAAAAUCGAUAAUAGUGGUGAUGAUGAUGAUGAAAUUAAAAAAAAAAGUCUGAAAAAAUUUACUUUAACGUUUGCACAAUUGUGACUGAAAUAAUUUAAAUUUUACUAUCGAUUUUAUUGUUGAAAAUCUUGAUUUUAUCAACAUUCAAUGAUAGAAUCGAUAAUAGUGGAAAAAAAAGUCGAAAAACUUUAAUGUGAAUGCGCAAUUGUGAACAAACAAUUUAAUUUUUUUAUUAUCGAUUUCAUUGUUGAAAGGUAUUAAAAGUUGAGAAUUUUUUUUCUUCUUUUCGAUCAACUUUCAAUGAUAAAAUCGAUAAUGGUGAUGAUGAUGAUGAAAUGAUGAUGAUGAUGAUAAUAAAAAAAAAAGUCUAAAAAUGACUUAAGUAAUAAAAAUAAA